CCGUGGGGUUUGACAGCCAAGUGUGACGUCAGGCCGAUCCAAUAGGAAUGAUGAUGUGUCAGUGAAAAAUCAUCUUGUGUUAUGAAAUGAUUUUUCUGGGAAAAUGUUCAGAAAUAGUGAACUCUUCACCCUACCAGCUGGUCCAGCGGAGCUCUGCUUCGACAAGAAUGAAUUCACAAAGAAAUCCUUCUCCGUGGAUGACUUCCUGCAUGAGCACCGCAAUGCCGGAAGCUUGGAGGAGAUCCGCGAUGAUUUGGGGAUUUACCUGAAAGUUCUGCGGUCUGCUAUGAUUGAGCUGAUUAAUGAGGAUUAUGCGGAUUUCGUUAAUUUGUCAGCUAAUUUGAUUGGUUUGGAUAAAUCCAUUGAGGCCAUCCAGGUACCCCUGCGACAUCUUCGGCAGGAAAUUGAGGGUGUUCGGACACUUCUGGGGAACAAUAUGAACGAAUUGGAGGAGUGUCUGAAGCAUAAACAGCAAUUGCGGAGCAUGAAGAAGAGUCUCAAGAGUCUUGGAAGAGUCAAUGAAUCCCUGGAGAAAUUAACCGAGAUGCUGGAAGUCAAGGAAGGGCAAGCCAUUCAACCGGCUGUCCUCGAACGAGCAGCCCAGGAAUUUGUUCAAAUGCAAUUCAAUAUAAAUUGCUGUGAAAAAUACCUCAAGCAGGAAGUUAGGGAGCGAAUAGCACAGCUGAAGGAGAAAAUAUUUGCCAAAUCGCGGGAAUUUUUCCUAUCAGCUCUUCGGGGUAAUAAUUGUCCUGCACUGGAACAGAGUCUGAGAAUCUACUACACACUGGAAGGUUGUUCCGUAGCUGAAGAUAUCUUCCGGAGGGAAUUUGUGGCAAAUGCCAUGGAUAAAGUAAUUUCGGAAUCAGCUUUGCAGAACUCUGUGCAAGGACUGACGGGGAUUUACAAUAAGAUCUAUGAAUUCUUGACAGUUCAAAUGAAGGACCUGCUGAAGCUGACACAGGGAAGGGAUGCUGCCCAAAUAAAGGGAUACGAUUUCUUCUUAAAUAGCUUCUGGGUGGAAGUUGAGAAGCGCCUGGAGUCCCAUAUGGCAUCAAUCUUUGCUCCCGGAAAUCCAGAUGCCUUCUAUGCAAAGUACCGAUCAACGGUGCAAUUCCUGGAUCAGCUAGAGCGUGUUCUUUCAUCUCCGGAAGCAAUUGAGAAAUUUCGCGGGCAUCCACAGUACAAGUGUUUCCAGACACGAUGGAACUUACCCGUAUACUUCCAGAUACGCUUCCAGGAGAUUGCAGGAGCCGUUGAGGGAGCGUGUAGCCGGCAAAUCUCCAGUGGUUUGCUGAGUAAAUCCGGUGACAUACAGCUGGUGCCUUUCAUAACAGCCCUCUCCAGUAUUUCACAGUGCUGGUCAGACGCAGUAUUUCUCCCGCAGCUCUUCCAUCGCUUCUGGAAGCUUUCGCUGCAGAUUGUUGCGCGACUCUUUACGUGGAUGGAAGAGGUAUUGGCUGUAAAGAAAUGGAAUACAGCUGAAACGAGUAUCCGGAGGAUUGACUUCCUCAUGAUCCUCCUGACGGAUAGUCUCAAGUUUAUGGGGAAAUUGCCGGGACUCUUGCAAAUGGCCGCAGGGAAGCUACCACCGGAAUUCAAUGAUCACGCGGGAGAUCUCAAAAAGUGCCUGGAAGACACCAAAGAAGCCCUCAAGUGUCGAAUAGAGAGCGUCGAGAGGGCCGUUCUGGCGGAACUUAUUGCCGAGAGUGAACAAAAUAUUCGUCAAAUCACAGACAUUCCGCGUCUGUACAGGAAAACCAAUCGGGACGUCCCGUCGAAACCCUGCUCCUAUGUGGCUCAACUUUUAGCUCCCUCCAUGGCAUUCCGGAAGCGUUACCUUCAGGAAGUCAAUCAAGAUCGCAUGAAUUUCUACCUGGAACGUCUCUAUUCCGGUCUGACUGAACAAUUCUAUUCCCAAGUCAAUGAAGUCCUAACAUCCGUGCAGAAGACCGAAGAAUCCCUGAGACGGCUGAAAAAUCUCCGUGAAAAGUCAUCAAAUGCAAAUGUUUCUUCAACAGAGCGCUCUGGGAUGACGGAUGAUGAUAAAAUUCGUCUUCAGCUGCAGGUGGACGUCAUUUUCUGGGUGUCAGAGAUAGAGAAGCUCGGCCUCAAGAGGAGUCAAAUUGAUCGACUUCCGGAGCUAAUACGCCUCGUGGAGGAUUCAACGAAAAUCCGAACGGAAGAGUGAUAGAGCACAGCAUUACGUCGCGCAAUACCAUUAGAUUUGUUCUCUCAAAUUUAUGCCGAUAUAUAGAUAGUUUUUUAAAUGAAUAAAAUAAUCCCAUUAAUUGAUUCAAA